AUGUCUACUACAAAAAUUCUCAUUACUCUCUUCUUUCUUAUCUCUAUUACUUGCAGUCUCAUUACUGCAACAGUAAUUCAACCAAAAAUUGAUGAAGUUUCUUUAGACUCAUUACCCGAAACUGGAGAUAUCUGGGAGAUGGACUCAGAUCCUUCCCCAUCCUUCGAUUUUGAUUCAUCCAACAAAAUUUCUGUUGAAGCUGUUAGUGGUGAUGUAAGCUCAUCUACGCCUACUAACAUUCACGACUCGGUUCAAAGCACUAUUAUUGGACCAAAGUUCACGUCGGGAGAAGUUCAAGGUCAAAUACAUCGCUUUUGGGCACGACCAAUAUAUAUUAAUAAAUAUAAAUACCAUUGGGGACCUCAUAUCGUCUAUAAUCGCAAGGUUUCCUUACAUAAUACUUUUAAGGGCAACAAAUUCUAUAAAGUUUGUUAUGCUGAUGACUGUAGAUUUAUUGUUAUUAAAAGCAUAAAACAGUAA